GCGGCUGGCCGCAGUUGUCAUAUUUCAAGUUUUACUUUUUAGUUCUGCUAAUUUCUUACCGCGUGAUUGUCAUUACUUUUGUAAUUUUAAAUUUUAAUAAUAUAUCGAUAAAUUCUUUACGAGUUUCGUGACAAUGGGAGAAUUUGAAGCGAAGGAAAACAGAAACGUAUACGUGUGGGCCGGACUUAUAUCGUUUGGGCUCUGCAUAAUGCUCCAUUUGAUUUUAAAAUAUGUUUUCGGCAAAAAGAAAACUGAGAAAGAAAUGAAUGAAACGCCGACUGAUACAGGCGUUCCAGCCAGCCAGCCUGAAAAGAAAGCGGUCGAGACGCGAGCGAGCACGAAAAACAAAAAGCGCGCGCCAUGGAAGGGCAAAACGGACUUCAACCAUCCUUGGAUGUACAAGAAUCUCAAGGGCCACCCUGGGACCGUCCUAAACGUGGACUUCUCCGCCAACGGGAAGUUUAUGGCUGCGACGUGUGAUGAUGGCUCGGUCCUGCUCUGGGACAUUCGCGACCUAAGCCAGAAGGAGAACAAGAACCUGCGAGUGAACAUAGAGUUCGACCACGCGUCCCACGUCGCCUGGAGUCCGGACUCCAAGGCCUUCAUCCUCCAUUUGGUGCAAGGGAACCAUAUCGUGGUGUACAAGAUUGAGAAGAAGAAGGACGGCACCAUCGGUUCGGCGACGCCUGUUAUUAAUUUUGAUAAGGUGCACGAAGAUGACGUCAUCGGCUUCGGCAUCUCCAGCAACGGCAAGUUCCUGAUGUCCUGCUCCUCUAAAACUGACAUGGUCAUAUGGGACUUGAAGGGCCAGCAGCUCUGCAGGCUAGACACCUAUCUGAUGAGCACUCAUACAGCCAAGAUCUCACCAUGCGGCCGCUUCGUCGUAGCCACGGGAUUUUCACCAGACGUCAAGAUCAUGGAGGUGGUUUUCACCAAGAGUGGUGAAUUCAAACACGUGGUGAAAGCGUACGAGCUGAGCGGACACUCCUCGGGUAUAUAUGACGUGGCGUUCGCAGUGGACACAUCACAUAUAGCGACUAUAUCUAAGGACGGCACGUGGAAGCUAUAUCAUACUAACAUCGACUAUACCCGCGGUGAGUCCCCGCACGUGCUGGAGACAGGUCGGUACACACAGAGUGCUAACCCGCCGCGUAUAGCGCUUUCCCCCAACGCCGAGGUCCUAGCGGUGGCAGUCGACAGCAACGUGGAGUUCUACGACACUUAUACCGGAGAGCUGUAUGAUACUGUUGAGAAUAUUUAUACAGGGUUGAUCAACGAUAUGCACUUCGAUCCGAGCGGCAAGUACCUCUUUGUGGCCGGCGAUCGUGUGGUGAGGGUGCUACACAACGUGUGUGGGUACUAUACCACUAUAGCCACCGCUACACGACUGCUCAAAACCAAGCAGACGUCCGCCACACAGGAACGACUGAACAAAACUAUAGAGGAGUGCAAGAAAACGCUUGCUGAGUUUGGCAAGUAAUAUUCUACAGGAAUUAGCUGCCAAUUGAGACAUUUAAUGAUCACUUUGACGUUGGUUACGCGCUCAGUUUCUCUUCAGUUCAGUCCAUCAAUCUGGUAAGAUUGACGCGUAACUGAACGUCUAACUCAGUGCCGUAAAUAGCCUUAUUUGCGUUCUGUGCGAUCUUCUAUAACUGCGCCCUGUGCGGGCUUCUAUAACAACGCCCUUGGGUUUUUUUAGAUAUUAUAUUAGGUACAGAGAGCAACGCUACGUUUAGGCGUAUUUUCUUCCAUUUAGGGUGAUAAAACAAAACUUGGUGUUGGUAGACCAAUUACAAUAAUUAUUGUAAUUGGUCUACCAAUCUUCUAGUGCUCCAAUUUUAAUAGGAGCGCAGUGGGAACUUAUCGGGAGAAAACCGAAAAAAUAAUAGUCCUGCCUGGUCAGUGGUCUAGUCAUUCUUGCGGACCCCCAGAGCAUAGUAAAAG